CUCGCAACCUCUGGCAACUCCAACCCUCUGACGUCGUGCAGCCUCAGCCAAUCAGCGGCCUCCCUCGUCCCCACGCCCACUUGUAAGCCUAUGAGCGUCUGCUACGUCACCAUCGGACCACAUUCUGGAGACUGCAACGGUUGACGGGAAACUUUAGAAUUAGGAUGAUGAGACGAGUCAGCUUAAUGUCUGGCAGCAUCACGCGGCAUGACGUGGUGGUGCGAGGGAAGCCAACGGAGGUGUUGUGUGUGGGCCAGUCCCUGCAGGAGGCGCCGGAGAACUUGGUGCUCUUCAUCCCGGGUAACCCGGGCGUGGCGUCCUACUACACCAGCACCAUGCAGAGCCUCUACGCGCGGCUUGGGGGGAGCCAUGCGGUGUGGACGGUCUCUCACGCCGGCCACUGCCUCACCCUUCCCUCACUCUGGCCUGGGCGGCAGCAUGUGUACAACCUCGAGGAGCAGGUGGAGCACAAGUUAGCCUUCCUGGAGGACCACAUUCCCCGAGGCACCAAGAUCACCUUAGUCGGGCACUCCAUCGGCUGCCACAUCAUCCUGCGCCUCCUGAAACACUUCCAGAACAACACCGACUUUACCAUCACCCGCAGCUUCCUCCUCUUCCCGACCAUAGAGAGGAUGAAGGCGAGUCCCAACGGCGUACGACUCUGGCCGGUGUUGCAGUAUCUCCGGUGGUUUGUGGCGCUGCUAGUCUGGGCUGUCGGUCUCUUGCCAGGGAAGCUUAAAGACACGAUACUCCUUUGGCAUCUCGGCGAGGAUGUGGCGCCGUGCUGCAUCGGUGCCACGAGAGAGCUCCUCCAUGCUAGAGUUGUCCAGAAUAUGCUAUGGAUGGCAUAUAAUGAACUCCUGCAGGUUGUAGAGCCGGAUCUGGACACUAUAGAGAGACAUAAGGACAAGAUUCUGCUAUACUAUGGUGCUUCAGACGGUUGGUGUCCGCAGAGUUACUGGGAAGACAUGAGGGCACGCGUGGAAGGUGUGGAGGCUUUGCUGUGUGAGGAAGGCUACCAACACGCCUUUGUCCUCAAGCACUCAAGACAGAUGGGGGAGAAGCUAGCCAGAUGGAUGAAGACGUGAGCUCCUGGUGAGACAUACGUUCUGUAGGGUUCCAAGGGGUGGGUACGGGAGGCGUGUAUUGACAGAGGAGCCUACAUGCUUCAUAAUUUCAAGAGGAGUGUAUCAAGACACCUCUCCACCUGAAAUUGACCUCUCUUUUGGCUACUCUUUACUUCUUCUUUUGUAGGAGCAGUGGUUACCGGGCUUUUUUUCUACACUUUCUUUUUGUUACCCUUGAGCUGCUUCCUCUUGUAAAAAAAAAUAAUAAUAAUGGAAAAGUGAGUAAGCCCCAUCUGUCGCCACGCACUUCAGUUUUAGUAGUGUGGAUGGUGUAGUGUGUUGUAGUGAGACUUUGUUAUGGAGUAGAAUGAGUAUGCAAGGGAAGUUAGUAUGAAUGGUGGUAUUACUAGGUCUUGUGGAAGUAGAGUUUGUAAAGGGAUUGACUCAGCCCCAGGUUCUCAGACAAGAUGCUUAUUUCCCGGGCCACAGAGGAAGUUGGUCAAGUUCUAAGUGUUUUUUAUAUUUAUAGUGCGGAAGCUUUGUCAAACUAUCACUAGGCUCAUCAAACUACCCAUGGAAAUACACACAGUCAAGUUCUCAUGAGUGCGGAAGCCUCGUCAAAUUAUCACUAGGCUCAUAAAACUACCCAUGGAAAUACACACAGUCAAGUUCUCAUGAGUGCAGAAGCCUCAUCAAACUAUCACUAGGCUCAUAAAACUACCCAUGGAAAUACAUACAGUCAAGUCUCAUGAGUAUUUUUUCACAUUCAUGGUGCGAAAGCCUUGUCAAACCAUCACUAGGCUCAUCAAACUACCCAUGGAAAUACAUAUCAACAACAGCCUCAACGAAAACCUUACCAAAUGUGUGCGUGUGUGUUUGUGUAGGCUCCGAAAUGAUUGAGAAUUUGGGCCUAAGAUUUGAGAGUUUGAGUAGACUUGUUUGUAGUGACUUGUAAUGUUGUUGGAGGGUCAAUUCCAUAGUUUAACACAGGGUCUUUGUAAGCACCCAAACCAAGCUGUAUUCUUCACAUAACUCAGGUCUUCCAGUAUUCAAAACUAAAGAGUAUAUGUAUAGAAUGUGUAUAGUAUUGUAUAUGAAUAGUAUAGAAUAUUGUAUGUACCUUUAGUGUCGAUUUGUAUAUGUAUAGUAAAGAAUAGGUGACUCCUCUCCUUCUGAAAAUUGACCUUCUUUUCUGGACACUCAUUCUGUUUUCUUUUAUGGGAACAAUGUUUAGUGGAGAUUUUUGUUUUUCGUCUCUUCUUUUUGCCCUCGAGCUGUUUCCUUUACUGUAAAAAAGAAAGUAUUAAUAUGUAUAGUUUCCUCACAUUUCUUAUCUUCUACAUGAAUACCAGAUACUGUAUGAAAACCUUACCGUAGUCUUUCGUAUCAGGUUUGGGAGCUUACAAAUGUUCCGUGUUGGAUUAUGGAAGUGACCCUCAAACUGGGACCAAUAAAUCCUGUCGUCUUAUACUAUAGAGAGCUAACACAUGGGUUGGUACUGUUAGAUGCUUCCGCCCGUCAUAAUAACUAUUUUCAAAGGUCAUAAAGGAGAUCAGUUGGGUUAUAAUGAGUCUUUUGGGGGGUGUUCACAGUACAGAAGGGUCAGACUACCGGAAGCGUAAAAAAACUACCCAGGGAAAGGUCCACAACUCCUACGAAAGCCUUGUCAACUGUGUGUUCUCGGGCGAUGAAAUGUUUAAUAAUACGGUCCAUAGUCACCCCUUAAACCUGUGAUCAUAUGUGGAGCAUCCAGAGAGUGUAGCGAGAGUGUAAUACCGUCUUGGUCAGUGUAGGUUACCACAAGUGUCUUACCGUCUUGGUAGUAGUCGAUGUGUUUUCUUGGCUCUUGAAUAAAAUGGUGAUAUGUA